CACAGGUCUGCAGAUUUGUCUUGGAUGAAGACAUCCGCAUGGAUUAUUGUCUUGUAAUACUCUGUUGCGAUACUAUACAUACAUCAAAUAACAGAAAAUGUCAGGUACUAGUCAAGACAAUCGGACCAGAACGAUAGAUCAGUCGGUAGUUGAAAUUCCUGCACCCGUACGACUGGAUAUUCCAGAUGAAACUGAGUGUUUACCAAGCAAAUCUCGUCGGUCUAACUGGUUUCGAAACAGCUUUGGCCCUCUGACAGAAUAUGGAAAGCUGAAAAAGACGCAAUUCGUUAUGGGAGCACGCAAUUUGGAGGUAUGAUGUACAGGACUAAAUAAUACAGAUAUUCCGAGUAAUGGAUGAUUUCAGCUAUAUCGACUAAAUUUUGAUCCAGACAAGAAGGACAAGAUCUAUCAUUAUAGCUUAAAGAACAUCGUUAAAUUAGUAAAAUUGCCAAAUUUGGUUGCGAAAUUUUGUAAAAUACGUAAAAUAUAGCCCUGUGAAAUUUGUAAAUUUUGAUUAUUUUAGUAUUACGCGCUGAAAAAAAAUGCACCAAUUUUGAGUUGAAAGUGGUGCAUUUCUUCGCGCAUAAUACUAAAAUACUCAAAAUUUGCUGAUUUUCGUAUUUUACAACAUUUUGUAACGAAACUUUGCAAUUUUACUAAUUUUAGAUUUUCUUUUGAGCUAUAAUAAUAGAUUUUGUUUUGCUAGUUAAAAAAUUAGUCGACAGCUGGAAUCAUCCAUUAACAUUCUUAUACACUUCUGUAGUUUUUUGUUUCACUUUUAAGUCUUUAUAAAUGUCUCCUGCAGUUUGCUUGAUAUGUUUCGCUUCAUUUGCUUGAAGUAUUGCCUGUAUCUUCCUGCAGAAAGGACAGUACGGUAAGACCUAUAAACUGCUAUUGCAGAAUGGAACGGAAAAUAGGGCAAAGAAGGGCGAUGAGAAGAGAAGAGAAGGAAAGGGGCCUCCAAAAUUUGCAGAAUCAUAAAAGUUCUAUAGUACUUGCUACUGUACAUCAUAAAAAUUCCUGAGUACUUUAAUUUAAGACAGCAGGAGAUUCAAUCUACCAAAUUGCAUGCCAAGUUAGUCACUUAGUGUCGGGGAGAAUCUUGAGUUAAUGCAUGCAUGUCCAGUUUUAUACACUUUUUUAAGCUAUUUGCUAUUAUAUGCUAUUUACAUUUCUCUUGAAUAAUCUCUAUACAGCAUACGUAUGUAGUUUCUAUGAAAUUAACGUUCCCUGUUUCUCUGAAUAUAGGGGUUUGCUGAGCAUCUAUUCGAUAUUUUUGACGUUGAACAACAUGGUUAUGUCAGCAUACAGGAACUUGUUGGUGGCUUGCGGCUCCUUUGGCA